AUGGCACGCAUCAUCAAUUGCCUGCUUCUCCUCCUGGCCUGCCUUGGCACCUCAAUCCAAGCAAACGAUCAAGCCGUCACCCAAUGGCCCCUGCAAGAUGACGGACUAAACACAGUCGUCCAAUGGGACCACUAUAGUUUCCAAAUCAACAGCCAACGCAUCUUCAUCUUCUCCGGCGAAUUCCACUACUGGCGCAUCCCAGUUCCAGAUCUAUGGCGCGACAUCCUGGAAAAGAUCAAAGCAGCAGGCUUCACAGCCUUCGCCUUCUACUCUAGCUGGGCUUACCAUGCUCCAAACAACGCAACCAUCGACUUCACAACCGGCGCUCACGAUAUCACUCCCAUCUUCGAGCUCGCCAAGGAACUCGGUCUCUACAUCAUCGUCCGGCCAGGUCCCUAUGUCAACGCCGAAGCCAGUGCUGGCGGUUACCCCUUGUGGUUGACUACCGGCGAAUAUGGGACCCUGCGCAAUAAUGAUACUCGCUAUACAAAGGCGUGGACGCCGUAUUUCACUAAGAUGUCUCAGAUCACUAGCCGCUACCAGGUUACUGAUGGGCAUAACUCCAUUGUUUAUCAGAUCGAGAAUGAGUAUGGGAAUCAGUGGGAAGGUAGUGCUUCUCUGCGUGUGCCCAAUGAAACCGCUAUUCAUUAUAUGGAGUUGUUGGAGGCUAAUGCCCGUGCUAAUGGCAUUACCGUGCCUCUCACGGCCAAUGAUCCCAAUAUGAAUUCUCACUCGUGGGGAAGUGACUGGUCGAAUGAGGGAGGGAACGUCGAUGUUGCAGGUGUUGAUUCUUAUCCUUCGUGCUGGACGUGCGAUCUCAGCCAAUGCACCUCCACCAACGGCGCCUACGUCCCCUUCCAAGUAAUGGACUACUACAGCUACUUCGAAGAAUCCCAACCCAACAUGCCAGGCUUCAUGCCCGAAUUCCAAGGCGGCUCCUACAACCCCUGGGGCGGACCUGAGGGCGGCUGUCCAGAAGAUAUCGGCGACGACUUCGCCAACCUCUUCUACCGCUGGAACAUCGGCCAACGCGUCACAGCCAUGAGUCUGUACAUGCUCUUCGGAGGAACGAACUGGGGAGCCAUUGCUGCGCCUGUCACUGCCAGCAGUUACGACUAUUCCGCUCCUAUCUCUGAGGACCGCUCUAUUGGCUCGAAGUACCAUGAGACCAAACUGCUGGCUCUGUUCACGCGCUCUGCGCGCGAUCUAACUAUGACUGAUCUUGUGGGGAAUGGGACGCAGUACACGGAUAAUGUUGCUGUUAAGGCCUUUGAGCUGAGGAAUCCUGAGACGAACGCUGGUUUCUAUGCUACCUUCCAUACUAAUACUUCCAUCUCCACGAAUGAGGCUUUCCAUUUGAAGGUUAAUACUUCGGUUGGGUUGUUGACUAUCCCGAAACAUGCUAGCACUCUUCGUUUGAAUGGGCAUCAGUCGAAGAUUAUCGUUACGGAUUUCACAUUCGGGUCGAAGAAGCUGCUUUACUCUACCGCUGAGGUCUUGACAUAUGCUGUCUUCGAUAAGACACCUACUCUUGUGCUUUGGGUUCCUACCGGCGAGUUGGCUGAGUUCUCUAUCAAGGGUGCAAAGAGCGGAUCUGUGAAAAAGUGCCAGGGUUGCUCGAGUGUCCAGUUCUACAAGGAGAAUGGUGGCUUGACAGCUGCGCUCGCGCAGGGCAAGGGAUCAACUGUUUUGGACAUAGAUGGUAUUCGGGUUGUCGUGCUUGAUCGGUCGUCUGCUUAUGAGUUCUGGGCUCCUGCUCUAACUGAUGAUCCGUUUGUCCCGGAAACGGAAGCUGUUCUUGUUCAAGGCCCUUACCUUGUUCGUGGAGCCAAGUUGAAUGGUUCCAAGCUUGCUAUCACUGGUGACAUUGUUAAUGCGACUACGCUGGAAGUGUUUGCGCCGAAGGCUGUCAAGUCCGUUACUUGGAAUGGAAAGUCUAUUAAGACUAAGUCUACUGAGUACGGAAGUCUCAAGGCCUCGCUUGAUGCACCAAAGUCCAUCAAGUUGCCGGCUUUCUCCUCGUGGAAGGCAAAGGACAGCCUGCCUGAACGAUUCGCUGAUUAUGAUGAUUCUGGUGUCGCUUGGGUUGAUGCCAACCAUAUGACCACGCUGAACCCUCGAAUCCCGACAUAUUUGCCUGUUCUAUACGCAGACCAAUACGGCUUCCACAAUGGUGUCCGUCUGUGGCGCGGAUACUUCAACGGAACAGCAACAGGAGCAUUCAUCAACGUGCAAGGAGGAUCCGCCUUCGGCUGGUCCGCCUGGCUAAACGGCGCCUUUUUGGGCUCCUACCUCGGUGACGCCAACACCGCCCAAGCAAACCUAACCCUCUCGUUCGCCAAUGCAACCCUAAGCACUACAACCCCCAACGUCCUCCUCAUCGUCCACGAUGACACAGGCCACGACCAAACAACAGGGGCCCUCAAUCCGCGCGGUAUCUUCGACGCCAGCCUCCUCAACUCCACAUCCGGCUUCACGCACUGGCGUCUGGCCGGUACAGCCGGCGGCGAAUCAAACCUCGACCCAGUCCGCGGCGUCUGGAACGAAGACGGUCUCUACGGCGAACGUGUUGGAUGGCAUUUACCCGGAUUCGAUGAUUCAGCUUGGAAAACCACCUCCAGCAAGAGUAACAGCAAGGGAAAGAGUAUCCUGUCCUUCGAAGGCGCAACAGUCCGCUUCUUCCGAACAACAAUCGACCUCUCACUCCCCUCUGAACACGAUAUCUCCAUUUCAUUCGUUCUCUCCACGCCAGCUGGAACGACGAAUGCCUACCGUGCUCAGUUGUUUGUUAAUGGGUAUCAGUAUGGUCGUUAUAACCCCUUCAUUGGGAAUCAGGUUGUUUACCCCGUUCCUGUGGGCAUUUUGGAUUAUAAUGGGGAGAAUACUAUUGCUAUUGCGGUUUGGGCGCAGAGUGACGAGGGUGCUAGUAUUGGUGUUGAGUGGCGGGUUGAUUAUUUGGCGGAUAGUUCGUUGGAUGUUGCUUCGUUUGAGACCGGGGGUUGA